AUGCGCUUCAAAAGCCAGCUCAGCGACGUGAAAACCUUUGCCAAAUUUACCGCCUCUUUAUCAUCUCUAGGCAAAAUAUGUUGGGUUCGACUGGAAGAUGAAGCUGUCCGCUUUACGAUCAUCCCAGACCAGGGAACCCAGGUCUGGGCUCAGUUGCCAAUUGGCAUAGUCUUUGAGUCUUACUCCAUAAGUGCCGCCGCUGGCGUUAUCAAUCUCGAAGUCCCCAUCAGCGCCCUCCACAGGGCUCUCCGCUCUGCAAUAGGUGCAACCUCAGCUCAGCUGCGGUUGACCAAGAAGGGACCUGUCCCGUUGCUUGCACUGUCAAUCGUAACUUCGUCAUGGACCUCAGGGAAGAACGCCCUGGGUGUGGGGAACAGCUACAACACCGAAAACGGGAUGCCGCCACCAGGCAGCACCACACAACUACAUGGAAACCAGCCUGACGGCCCUCGUGAACGAGAAACCAUCAUAACUCAAGAAAUCCCCGUUCGCGUCCUUCUGCCCGCGACCGUGGAAGGGCUGCACGAACCCCGUUGCCGCAGCCCGGAUGUUUUCAUCGUUCUCCCCAGCCUAAUACAGUUAAAAAGCAUCUCAGAACGCUUUACGAAACUAGCCAUGGGCUCCGCUGCCAAAAGCAUCACUGGCACGGCCACGACGGGGCUAUCAUCCACGCAAGGGGUGGGGGCAGGGACUGCCCACAGUAGUAGCAGCCCCAAGCUCGAGCUGUCAGCAAACAUGUAUGGCUCUCUGAAACUUGCUAUCGCUACAGACACUUUGCGCAUUUCCAGCGUGUGGACUGGCCUGCUGAACCCGCCUCUGGACCCGGCGCAGCUGUCUCAGAACGAGCUGGAGCAGCACCCCAGCGAGCGGAUGAAGGAGCUGGGUGGGGAGAAUGGGGAGUCAGAAGAAGGGUGGGCCAAAGUAAGGAUUGAUGGGAAGGACUGGGGCCGGGUGUUGAGUGUUGGACGGCUGAGUCCACGGGUUGUCGCGUGCUUCCUCCACGAUACUGCACUGAUCUUGUACGUCUACUUACCAGAUAGCGGAAGUGGGGAGGACUCUUGUUUAACAUAUUAUGUCAACUCCUACGCCGCUUGA